AUGCACAAACGUAUUCAUUCAGGUGAGACACCAUAUUCCUGUAAUAUCUGUGGCAAAUCGCUCUCAAGCAAAAGCAGUUUAAAUUCUCACAAACGUAUUCAUACAGGUGAGACACCAUAUUCCUGUAAUAUCUGUGGCAAAUCGCUCUCAAGCAAAAGCAGUUUAAAUUCUCACAAACGUAUUCAUACAGGUGGCUUGGUUAGGCACAAACAUAUUCAUUCAGUUGACACACCAUAUUCUUGUAAUAUCUGUGGCAAAUCGCUCUCAUGCAAAAGCAGUUUAACUUCUCACAAACGUAUUCAUACGGGUGAGAAGCCAUAUUGCUGCAACAUCUGUAACAAGUCUUUCUCUGUAAGUUGUAAUCUGACUAUUCACAAGCGUAUUCAUAGAGGAGAGACACCUUAUUCUUGUGAUAUCUGUGGUGGCUUGGUUAGGCACAAACAUAUUCAUUCAGUUGACACACCAUAUUCUUGUAAUAUCUGUGGCAAAUCGCUCUCAAGCAAAAGCAGUUUAACUUCUCACCAACGUAUUCAUACGGGUGAGAAGCCAUAUUGCUGCAACAUCUGUAACAAGUCUUUCUCUGUAAGUUGUAAUCUGACUAUUCACAAGCGUAUUCAUAGAGGAGAGACACCUUAUUCUUGUGAUAUCUGUGUACUUCUUUGA